UUUCGUCAGUUCGUUUCAGGGGCUCAGCUGAGUUGGUUGAUUUGUCGUGUGGUGUUUGUGUUAAUAUUACAGAAAGUUUUGAAAAGAAAGAUAAUUUCUAAAUAUAUUGUUAUUGUUAAUUCAAAACGUAAAUUAUUACGCGGCUUCACAGUUCAUAAAGUUUUAAAAAUCAAAUAAAUAAAAUUUUACUGCACAAAAACAUAAUAAUUCUCUGCAAUGGCUUCUAUAUAUCGUAUAGCAAAUGUAAUUAAUGUAAAUUAUAUGCGUUUGAAAAGUCCAAUAAUUGCUCUAUCAACACAUCCGAAAUUUUACUCUCCAAAAAUCAAUUUGCCAUCUGGUGGACGCACUGCAACGACAGUGGGAGCAGCAGCGAUUGGUUUGUCUAUGAGCGCGGCAAGUGGCCGACAAGCACCUUUAGUACGGAAUAUUGCCUUUAAUUAUAAUUCUUGUAAUUUGAAUCUAAAAGUGAAUCACCAACAACAGCCACAGCUGAGAAAUUUUUCCAGCUUGCAGAUACCGUUACAAUCUGAGUCUUCAAGAUUAGUGCAUCAUAACGCCAUGGCACCGCUGAAGAAUCGACGUUAUGUUUCUACCAAAGAAAUCACAAAAAAUAUGACGCUCUAUACAAAUGGACAAUUCAAGAGUGAAGUGGAUCAAAAUACACUAGAAUUCAAAAAACCAACUGGAAAUCCAUUGGUAUUGAUGAUGGCAUGGCUUAUGGCUAAACAAAAACAUUUAAAAAAAUAUGCUCAAAUAUAUACGGAUAUGGGAUUUGAUGUCAUGGUCGUACAUAUCACACCUUGGCAAUUAUUAUGGCCAGUAAAAGGCACACAGAUUGUUGCUGCUGAAACUUUAAAAUUUUUGGAAAAUAAUAAAACUUAUUCUCCCAUUGUGUUACAUGGAUUUUCUGUUGGUGCCUAUCAAUUUGGUGAGAUCAUGUUACAAAUGUCACGUGAUAUGGAAAGAUACUCUCAAGUAUUAAAUCGCAUCGUUUGCCAAAUCUGGGAUAGUGCUGCUGAUAUUACCGAAAUUCCUGUUGGCCUACCAAAAUCAAUAUUCCCCAAAAAUCCACGUAUGCAGAGCGCUUUACGAAAUUACACGCUUUAUCAUAUGAAAACAUUCCACAACCAAGCAACAAUACAUUAUAUGCGAUCCAGUCAAAUGUUUCACUCAACUAUUUUGAAAAAACCUGCCUUGUUCUUUGUAUCUGAUAAUGAUCCAAUCGGUCCACCGUCAUCUAAUAGUGCAGUACGAGAAAAUUGGGAACGUGCAGAUAUAAAAGUGACAUUUAAGCGUUGGGAACGCUCACAGCAUGCAGCUCAUUUAAUUAAACAUCGUGAAGAGUAUCUGGAAUAUUUAUUCAAACAUUUAGAAGCAUGUGGCGUACUUGAAUCAAUAGGCCUGAAAUCCCGUGCUAAACUUUAAAACUUAAAACUUUAUUGUUUGUAGCAUUAUAAGAUUUUGAAAGAAAAGUAUACUUUUGUGAAAAUGAUAUUUUUAUUAAUAAUAUUUUACAAUUGAAAUAAAAUGAAGAAUUUAAUUAUUUUAGAGUAG